AUGGAGCCUGGUGAGCAAUUCCACGGCACCCUGGCUUCUCACACCCUUCCCUGGUCACUCUCCGAGGACUACGCGGCCGGGAUACAACCUUCCGCAGCCCUCCCCGUCGGCAGCUUCGCCGGCCUCCCGACCGACCUGCACCCUCAUCUUAUCGGUGACGUUUCACUCGCCCUCCAGCGGUUCAUCGCCUUCGACGACGGCUCUUCCCCCGACUCCACCGAGGCCGACGUGUUCUCCUCCGACUAUUUCCGCGUGUACGAGUUCAAGAUCCGGCGGUGCCCCCGCGGGCGGUCGCACGACUGGACUGAGUGCCCCUACGCGCACCCGGGAGAGAAGGCGCGUCGCCGCGACCCACGGCGGUUCCAUUACUCCGGCACUCCCUGCUCUGACUUCCGUCAGGGCGGGGGAUGCCGCCGCGGCGAGGGCUGCGAGUACGCCCACGGUGUGUUCGAGACCUGGCUCCACCCGGCACGAUACCGGACUCAGCCCUGCAAGGACGGCGCUGCGUGCCUUCGCCGCGUGUGCUUCUUCGCGCACUCCCCGAAAGAGCUUCGCAUCGUCCUGCUAACGAGUCCCGUGUCGCCGGGCAAGGGCGGUUGUGGAAUACUGCUUUCUGCGUCACCGACGUCGACGCUGGCGCCUACCCCCAUAUCUCCGCUGUCUGAUGGCUCUUCGCCGCCCUUGUCGCCCAUGGCAAUAGACGAGGUGGUGGGGACGAUGACCAAGCUGCGGUUGAGCAAGCUGAGAUCUAUGACGCCGUUUGAAACGAGGCGUCCGGCUUCCGCUGCGAGGGCUCUACGGACGGCAGAGACGAGAGACAUAGCAGAGGAGGCUGCAGCCGACGCUUGGAGCAUGACGGCGAAGCUUCUUGAGUGCCGCCGGAGGGAGGAAGCAGAGGCGGAAUCCGCUGCGGCCCCGGACUUGGGAUGGGUAUCAGAACUGGUGAAGGAUUGAACUAUUGAAGUGAGCUUUCAAAUAAAAACAUCCAUCGUGAAUUAACGUUUGCGUUAACUAGCUCAUAAAUAAAGAAGAAGAGGAGAUCGUGAAUAUCCUGAACUGAAAAGAGAAAUUUUUUGGGUUGAAAAAAAAAAAUCUCUUUUGGCAGCUCAGUAAACAAUAUUUAUAUUUUUCACGUAUGCAACUUUUCUAUUUCCGAAAUUUUCUUUGCAACAAGAAUUGUAACUUCUAUUUGUCUCUUAUUCAGUGCAAACAAGUUAAUUCUCCGCA